AUGGGGCUGGGGCGCCGGGGCGGGUCCCGCUCAGCCCUCCUGCUGUUGAUCCCUCAGGAGCCGGGCGCCAGCCCCGCCCCGCCCCUGAGGUCCCCCUCUGGCUCAGCCCAGGCGGCCUGCAGGAGGUCCGCGGAGGCGGCCAAGGGAGCCGAGCCCGACAUCGCCGUGCCCCAGUUCAAGCGGAGGAAGCGGGAGUCGGAGCGGGCAUACGUGCGCCGCAUGGCCCAGGAGGCGCGGCACGUGCUCUUCCUCACCCAGAACCAGGCCCCGCGGCGGCCGGAGGCGCAGGCAGCACCCCGCGAGAAGUCUGCUGGGAAGAAAGCGUUCCAGAAGCGUAAGCUGGACAGGAUACAGCGGCGGAGGGAAGAGAAGGCAGCAGAGAGGCUGGAGCAGGAGCUGCUCAGAGACCCAGUGCAGUUUGGCGAGGUGGCCCUGCAGCCCCCGGAGCUGACGGCCAAGCCCAGGACCAGCACAAGCAGGGACCAGGCCGGCCGCGGAUCGCUGGCGCUGGCGGGGCUGCUGAGCCCGGGGCGCGGGGCCCGACCGCAGAGCGCUUCGCUGGCCCGGCAGCGCAUCUUGGGCGAGGAGAGAGCGCGGGCAGUGCAGGCCUACCGGGCGCUGCGGCAGCGGCGGACUCUGUCACUAGGGUCCCUCCCCACUGGGAAGGCACAGGGCACACAGCUGUGACACCGCACCCCCCCAGCCUCUGGGGGUGGCCACCCCACCACCUUGCUCCCAGCAUCCGCUCUGGCGACCCGGCUGCCCCAAGUGGGCCAGCCCUGGAACUUGGCUGGCACAGAAGGAGCCCAGGAGGGGGCUGCUGUGCUGCAGGACACUGUUCAGGUGCCCUGGCUCGGCGCUGCCCGCGUGUCCAUCCUGUGCAGAAACCCAGGUCAAGCUGGAAGCCUGCCGCGGCUCAGGAGGCCUCCGCGCCUGUCUGCUCAAGUGUAGUGCACACAUGGCUGUUUCCUGGGCUUUUAAUAAAAAGUUGCACUUCGGGG